AACUUAUAAACAAUUCAAAGAUUCUUAAUACAACUAUUAACACACUAGCAAACCAAGUUCAACCAACGUCUACUCGAUUCGCACCCAAUCUUGAGUCAAUACAAAAUAUCCUUAAGUAUGAUAAAAAAUUGCAUCAUCCAAGCAUAUCAGAAUUUGAAAAAGUUUGUUUUAUAAUAGAUAAUUAUGAGGCUGAAGACAUUGUUAUAUCAAAACAAUAUGCUCUUUUAACUAAGUAUCCAGACUUACUAGCAAUAGAUUCUUCUAGCUGUCGCAAUGGCUUAAACUUCCCGAAUACAGCCUUUAUAGUCAGAUCAGAUAAGCCCGAGAUCGAGUUGUAG